GAGGAGGUUGUUGAUACAGAUGACGGAAAUUGUGUUACAGGGCGGCGGCGUGGCUGCGCAAAGACACUCCGGGGAAAUCUCAAUUUCUUCACCAAUCACCCCCGACAAAUCCCCCCGGCCGCUCUUUCUCCCCGUCCCCGGGAUCGUCAAGCAUUCGGCCAUGAGGAGGAGCGGGGGGGUCAGGGAGAGCUUCAGUCAUUAAUAGGCCCCGAAGGUUGGUACAGUGAGAGAGUGCAACUACGUUCUGACAUCUGUGUGCACCUGUCAUGCUGGCCACAGCCUCUCUGUGCAACGGCGUUCACGACUGGACAAACUCCAACCGAAUCCGGAUGUGUGGCAUUAAGGAAGAUAGGAGAUCUUCACUCACAGAUGCAGAAUCCAGGAAAAGUGUUCCACAGCCAGUAGGGACGGAAGAUACUUGUAUUAGCAACCACACUGAAGUGGCGACUGAACGAAUGAGCAAUGGUGCCCAUCAAGUCGAGUGGGAUGAAAGUAACUUAUUGCAGGAGGAACUUCAGAAUUGCAAGAAUAAUGAGCCUGAAAAAUCUGUUCGCAAAGAAGAGGAGGUCACCUUCAUGACCACUUCGGACACACAGUUAAAGACUGAAAAAGUUACAAAUGUGGAAAGUAAAUUGCUUCAUGGGGAAAUGCCAGAAAGUGAAGAUGACAAAAUGAAAAAUUUGGAGUGUACGGGCAUGCAUCGUAAAGCACAACAAACUCUGUCAAAAACUACUUGCACUCAGGAAAACACUGGGGAACCAGAAAAGACUAUAAAGCAAAAAGUGACUCCUGGGACUGAAGCUAAGUAUCAAGGACUCCCCUGGAAUGAUCCACAAAUAGACAGUGCUAAAUCGGGGAAUUGCCGCCCUUUUGAUGCACCAAACUCAUUAAACUUGUUCAAACCUGGUUUAUCGUCAUCCCAGAAUUUACACACUGUUACUCGACCAUUUCUUCCACCAAUGUUUAACCAGGGUCCACAUUUGAUGUACUUACCACCAAACUUGGUCCAUCCCCAUGUUGCACCAUCUCUUCCAACUACUUUAGGAGUUACAGUGCAGACAGUACCACCAUUUUUACAAAGUAAAGGAGGCAGCACUAAUGUAACACCUGAUCUACGUUCAUAUUCUCAUCCAGUCAUGCUCAACAGACCUUUGAUUUCAGAAUCCAAGAUCAAACAUACUGCUGACUACUCUCAGUCCCUGUUAGCAAAAAAUAAAACUGAAUCAGAAUCCUCUCAGCAACAACAGAUUUUAGCUUCCACCUCCCAUGCUUCACUACCAACUUCCCACGUUUAUUUCAACCCAGGCAGUGAAUUAUCUUUGGGACAAAAGAUCCCAAACAGCCAGUUAUCUAAACUUCCUGAGUGCAGUUCUACUCAUCAGCGUUCAGUUGGGCCUUCAGAAAAUUCACAUCCUCCAUUCAUAGUAUUUAGAUCUCCACCUCAACUUGAGAAGCAGAUAUAUCCAGAGGGAUCCCAUGACUUGCCACUAGAUUUGUCAGCAAAAUCAAGCUGUCAUGGUAUAGGGGUUAAACAGAAUUCUUUCCCUGAGCUGCGGAAAACCCCACCUAUGCCAGUAUUGACGCCUGUUAAAGGAGAUAGAUCAUUCUCCCUGUUGCACUCUAAAAAUGAUGUUAUCACAUCACAAAUUCCUCAAGGUAUCUAUAGUGCCAGCAGUAUUAAAGGAAACUUUGGUUUAACAUCACCUGUUGUGGUUUUUCCAGAUACUAUAAGGAAUGGCGCUACACUUCAAAAGAAUUCAAUGGAUCCUUUAACCUUGCAGCCAUUGAACCCAGCUUGGUCCUGGGUAAAAGGUUCCAGUAAACUGGUGAACCAUAACCCACGGACUUUUGUUGGUGUAGCCAAUGCUAUACCUGCGUCUAUGUUACAGAUUGGUAGUGAAGAUUCUAAGAAUGCUGCUAAGCAAGAACCAAUUUCAAUUGUUUACCAAGGCGAUUGCCAGUUAUCACUUUCCAAUGGUGACAAAAGUGGGGAGGCCAAAAAGGAUGCAUGUGGAGGUCAAGGUGUUAAAAAACCUAAUAGUCAAUUGCAUAGCUGUUUUGUAUCCAACCCCAAUGAAGUGGCAUCAUUUCAUUCAAAUACAUAUCCUCCAUUCAUCAUUAACCAUCUUUAUCUGGCAAAGGAUAAAACUCCAUUUCAUCAUUCAUCAUUGUUAACUAAUGGCAGUUGUUCAGCACAACAGCUACCCCUAGCUCAAGGAAUUCCUUGUGGGUUAACAUCUUCCAGAGGUGAAUAUACUUUAUUUCAAAGCCCACAUCAUCUGGGGGCUGUUUGGACUCCUCAGAACUAUGGAGAAAAAACAAAAGAAGACAAGCUACAGAUAAUGGGUUCGCCAUUAUCCAACUUGGAGACUAUUGUUCGUAACCGGGCUUUGGAACUAUUUGCAAUUGAAAGUAAAAAGGACAAUCCAAAAUCAUUCACUCCAAAUGCAAUAAGUAAGGAAGGUACUCCUUCCAAAGAUUUGAACCAAUCAGCCUCCAGUAGUACAAAUGUUGUUGACCUGAGCCGUUUACCUUUUGAAAGCAAAAGUGGUCAGAAAGAUCAACAAAAUAUGAUUUCUACAAUCAAGGUGGACAAAAUGGGUAAAACCAAUAAUGGAAAUACAAGUGAAAAUUCUAAUAAUUCAACGGGUGAUGUGGAUGAAGUUGGAAAAAAUCAAAAUGAGGAGCAAAAUGGACAAAGAAUAAUUACUUCUUUGCUAUUGAGCAACCAGCCUUUAAUUAAUCAUAGCCAUAGUAUUAAAGAUCUUCCUGUUGUAGAAAGUGACAAGAGGGUAGAGCUAGCAACCAUACAGGAGUUGGCAUGUGGAAAUACAACAUCCUCCAAAUUAUCUACAGAUGCAGAUCAAUCCAUGACUAAAGCUAUAUGUAAUGAGAAAGAGCAUUGUGGACCAGUCAAAUGUGCUGUUACCAAAGAAAAGAAGGAUGGUUCAGUGAAGAAUCUAGUUUCUAAAUGUAAAGGACCUAAUUCAGUUAGAUGCAGUACAAAUCCAUCUAGCUAUAUUGGAAAGAAGUUGAAAUGCACUAAGAAGGAAGAUAUUGUAAGUUGCAAAAGAUUAAAUCGGGAACAGCAGACCAUUCAGGGAUCCAAAAGACGGUCAAGCAGUCUCGAAGUGAGUCGUAGAGAUAGUGAAGAUGAUGUCUGUUCAUCCAAAGGACUUGAUGGCGAAAGAAAAAGCAAACGGCUGCGAACACCAAAGACUGAAUGUUCUUCUAGAACAGCAAUACAAGAAAAAGAUCUUUCUUUAAGAAAAGGCAAAAAUAGUUUUAAGGACUUCAUUCCAGUGGUGUUGAAAACCAGGACACGUAGUCAGUCAGAAAGUUUCUGUGUCUCAUCAGUACAUGCGACCUGUGACCAGACGGACAGUACAUUGGAAGAAAGUCAGCUUAUGCAUGAGGAAGUGGAAAAUGAUGUAAAAGCAAAGAAAAGUUCAAGGAGUUGGGAGAAGUCUACAACGGAGAAUAAAGGGACCAAAGAAGAGAGUGAGGUGGGAAGGACUGGCAGUUCAAUAACUGACGUGGGUGAACAGAAUAGUUUGGAACCACUUGACUCGGGUUGUAUAACAGAAAUUGAUGGGAAUUGUAAAAGUAGUAAUAAACGAAACCCUGCCUUCAAAACGCAAAUAAGAACCAGUAGGAAGAAAUUUAAAAGUGAGAAGGAUUCUGAAGUACUUUUACACAAAAGGGACGAAAAUCAAGAUAGCACAGGAAUAAAGACACGGAAAGCUGUUACUACAGGAACAUGGACACCUCCUACUUCACCACGGAAAAGGCUUGCUCUUUCAGGCACUUUGCCCAGUGCUGAUUGGAAUCUGAGUGUCAGACACAGCACUCCUGUGUCAGGAGGUUUACGAAAACGUAAAGAAUCUUGUAGUACAGGCUCUCUCAACUUGAGUCACAUAUCCGAAUCUCCAAGCCAGUUUCAGUCAGAAAAACCAUCAGGAAAACGUAAAUGUAAAACAAAGCAUAUUAUUGGACCCCAAUCCCCAGACGAAGAUGCAAGCAACCAAGGAAGACACAAGAUUAAAGUAAGGCAAAAACGCUCUCUAAAGCGCUCAGCAUUAAUGCUCGAUUCUGAUUGGAGCCCAUCACCAAAGAAGCAACGUGAUCAUUCAACCCACUGGAAAAAGCGGACAUCUUCAAUUACUCCUGUAAAAUAUGCAACAGUGCCACGGUCACCAUGUGCUCAAGCAGAGACAUCUGCAGGCCAGCAAUCACAAUCUGAAACACGAAAGUUAAUAGUAAAUAAGAAUGCUGGCGAAACAUUGCUGCAGAAGGCUGCACGAUUAGGCUAUGAGGAUGUAGUUAUCUACUGUUUGGAGAACACCAUUUGUGAUGUCAAUCACCGGGAUAAUGCUGGGUAUACAGCAUUGCACGAAGCUUGUGCACGUGGCUGGCUUGAUAUUGUCACACGGCUCCUGGGGCAUGGAGGAGAUGUCAACUGCAGUGCACAGGAUGGUACCAGACCUAUUCAUGAUGCUGUCGUGAAUGAUAACCUGGAUGUUGUCCAUGUUCUUCUGUCGUAUGGUGCAGAUCCCACCCUUGCUACCUAUUCAGGUCAGACGGUUCUGAAGAUGGCUCAUAGUGAGCCAAUGAAACAGUUUCUUUUAGAAUAUUUCACUGACCUGAGGGGCCGGAGUGAGGAUGAUCCAGCCCUUCACUGGGAAUUUUAUGGAAGCUCUGCAUGUGAGCAGGACAAGGAAACUUCUUGUAACAUUUUGGCAAACCCUCCUGGCCUUGAUGAAGAGGAAGAUGAAGAUAUCAAUUAUUUUGCAUUUGAGUUUUCAGACAAACCUCUUCUUACAUGUUACAAUAUACAAGCUUGCCUUUCUCAUGGCCCUUGCAAUUGGCUUGUAUUAGCCGAAGUUCUUCGAAGACUGAAAAUGUCAGUCAGGAUUUUCCAAUCCCGCUUCCCUCACUUUGAAAUAGCUACCAUUACAGAGGUAGAAUUUUACAAACAGGUGUCCACAAGCCAGGUACAUUUCCAACUUGGGAACCUUCAGUUCUGCUCCCUCGAUGGCAGGAUGUCUCUGGAACUGGUACGGUGUGUACCUGAGUUGUUGGACCUCCUUGGUUCUACGGUGGAACUAUUAACUGAAGACUGUGAGAAAGUUAUUACAUUCACAAGGUGAACCAAAAUCAUGACUGAUCGACAAACUAUUCCCACUUUGAAUAAUAGGGAAUGAAUUGAUUGGGUACUAGCAGGUGUGUAUACUAAGCCAGCCAGUACUUCUGUUGUUUCAAAUCAGGCAUGGACCAGCCACCCAAACAGAACAGAAAAAUAAUAGGUCAGUUCUGACCUUAGUGCAACAAAAUAAGGAUUGCUGGGAUGUUUAAAGGAAGUGUUAAAAAUACUUUAACUAGGUUCAUUAAAAUAUUUUCUACCCAACUAAUUAUGUUGAGUGCACCUAAGUUUGUGAUCCACUAACCAUGAAAAACAAUUAGUAAUGGAUUAAGUGAUUCUUGUGAAAUAAUCAGUAUUUAUUCCUGUUCCCAAAUUUUGGUUAUCAUUUUUCCUUUAAUCGCUUUUUACGUAAGGUAUAUAACUUCCUUUCCUUUCUACCCAAUUCACUCACUAUCAUACGCAACACUAGUCUCCUUUCAGAGCACAGGUUGGUGGUCUAUUCACAGUCAUUUAAGAACUGCAUUCUCAGACAGCUGCAAGAAGAUAGCAAGAAAGUCUGAAGAGUUUUCCUGGUUUCUCCCACUCUUCUUCAUGGAUUCUUGAGCUAAAUGAUAACACUUCAUAUUAUGAAUCUGAGAGCAGUCAUUAAACAGAGUAUAGAUUAAACUUGCAUCCAAACAUUAUAACACAAUAUGCUUUACUGUGUUAAAGAAACAGCUGUGCGUGCGCAACUUUUUGUUUGAAAAAUUAAUUUGUAUCUGACUUAGAUACUAACAGAACAAAAUGGUAUUAAUUUUGAAUGAAUUGGGUAACAUGUUUCAAGAUCAAGAAACAGGAAUUAAUCAGAAUUAUAUCACCUGAAAGAUCUAAGACAUAAGUAUCAAAGUCAAAACUCUUCAGUGUAGUAACUGAAUACACAUUCAUUCCUAUGUUUGGCAUUUCACACUGACAGAGGAUAUUUUAAUAAACUUGUUCACAAAGUAAACAGUUUAUCUCAAGCAGUAUCUAGAAAUUGGAUCCAGAAUGUGUACCGUUUAAUUAGCGAUUCCAACGUUUCUGUCAUAUUUAUAUGUUUUUUUGGUGCUUAUAUUUUCAUGAUCAAAAUUUAUUUUCCAGUUUAAAGCCAAUCUAAUUAGGUUGGUAAAAUGAAAAUUGAAUACUGGUAUGCAUGAUGUUAGUUGAAGUAAAAGCUAAAUGGAGAUUUUAUUGGAUACAGAUAAAUUUGAGCCCACAUUACACAUUUGUACUACUCUGUGAUGAUGCACUUUACUUUGAAUACUUGUUGAGUUGCACUUAUCACUGACUUGCUGUACUGCUGGAGAAACAUAAAUUUAAUUCAACGCCACACCAAGAUACAAACCUAAUAGCGUGCAAGACAUGAAAGUACUUACAUUGAGGAAAAUCAUACAGACAAGAGAUCUAUAGUUCAGAUUCUAAACUACUAAUGUUGAUCUUCACUCCUUCAACUAUAUUGCAAAGACAGCCUAGGGUUACACAUUCGAUUUUUGCCAUAUAAUUUAAGAUUUUGAGCCAGAAUCUAAUAAAGAUUUAUUUUUGAAGCAGUCCAUCCACCAAACCUCCUGUAUUUAAAUUGUACACCAGAAAAGAAUAAUCUCAAUCCAGAGGAAGUCAUUUGGAGGUACUCCUAUUAUUUUCAAUUUAAUAUGAAGCAGUUGGGACAUGCAAGUCUUCAGAAAUGGCAUUUUAACUCAUGUCAGAUGUUUGAAAUGUGAUAACCUGCCUGGGCUUCAUGACAAAUAUUGGGUAACUCACAGUAAAACCAGAUUUAAAGAAUUCUCUCUCUGACCGCUGGACUCUUCUGACUGUAUGCUCCCUAAAUCAAAUUUAAAUGAGCAUGCUUUUGUUCACUCAUGCUGGAUGUGAAGUGUUCCUUUGCUAGGCACAGUGCGUUCAAUAAGUGUAAUGAGAUUGUAAAUACUGGGCAUUCAUUUUGUCCAACUUUUUAAAUGCUCAGAAGUUCCAUUUGCAGUUCUGUGCCAUUAUUACCUCAGCUCUGUUACAUGUUUGACAAUGACGUAGCACAUUUGUUGAAAAAGCUAUCAACUGUGUAGCAUAAUGCAUGAUUUUGCAGUUUGCUGUUACUAGAGCCUUAUCUAAAAAUAUUUAGCCUUGCACUACUGCGAAGUACAACUAUUUUUUAAGAUUCUGUGCAAGUGAAGAUACACCAUGCAGACAGGAAAUGUGUUCUGAGAUGCAACAGUUCCUCAAUAGGUAUAUGUUCAAGUAAUAUAACUCCUUGCCUCCUUAUAUCACUUGUAAGGUAUAAUCUUAUUUAAUCUCAUCCUUUUGUAGAAGCUGAAUGUUUGUAGCAUACAGUUUAUACUAAUCCUGAAGGUGGUGUUGUGGGUUAUAUUCAGUGACUUAUUAUCUAUAGUGGUCCUCAAUUAAUAUUAUGCAAUAACCCAACUCAACCUACAAUCAGGUACCACUGCCUGAAUCUUGGGUGAAAGUAGCAUGAGUAAUUCAGUCCUAAGUUAAAUCAUGUGUGAAGUUUUUCCUUAAACAUUAAACCACUGAAUUGCUGAGUCACAAAUGGACAGCUUCCAUACCAAGGACAGCACUCUCCCAAAACCCCCCGGAGUUAAUGACAUGAUCACAUGCUACACUAACUGUUGCAUCUCAGAUCAUGUGCCCUGUCAGAUAUUGGCAUAUGACAAAUGCUAAGAGGAUGAAGCCAAGAUCUCCAUGACACAAUGAGGUCUCCAUUGUACUUGGAAGAGUACAACCCAAGAAAACUUCUCUAACCCCAGCUCUCUGAGCACCAUUCAUGAAUUAGAAGAGCAAGUACCAUAUUCCUAACCAGGGACACGUUACUACAUCCAUUACCACAUUUGACUCUCACAUGUCCCAUCAUAGUAUUGGCCAAGAACUCCAAAUUGCCCCACUUCCUAUACCACCUUUGGAACAUUCAACCCUUAAAAGCCUUUACCAAAUGAGCACUGUUGACAUUCCGUUUGCCGUAGAUCUCUCCCUCAACUGUAUAGAAUUGUUUCAUGAGCAAAUGUUUGUUUUCUUAAUAAAGAUCCACAAAAUCCCCUCACCCAGCAUCUUGAACGUCCAUCGGCUUUAUAUGCCUAAUCUACAUUGGAGCUGUAAAGGAGGAGACCUGCUUCCCCCUUAAGGAUAAUUCUGGUCUCUCUCAAUCACCCAGCCCUCUCCACCUGAAAUAAGCAGUGCCUUGCCCUACAACCCACUCUCUUGCCUCUUUGUAUUCUAUUUUUCUAUCUCCGUAACAGCUUUCUCCUCGCUUUCUCAUCUCCUUCUCUCUCCUCUUUCUUCAGCAUUUUAUUUCUCUAACCCCUACUUCUCCCUCCCUCCUGUCUGACAACCUACCCCUCGUUACCUUCCCUAUCCUGGGUUCAAUUAUUUCUUCGUCUUUAUUCUAACCCUUUGACCCUCAAGGAAAGGCAGUUGACUAAUAAGGGAAUUCCAAUGGGAGCGAGGACGAUGGUGGAAUACCCAUCGGCUACCCUAUGCCUUUGAAUUCUAUGAACAGCAAGAAGAUGGAAGAGGGUUUUCCUGCCAAUUAAGGGCCUCUUACCACUGCUACCAGUAUUUUACUAAUCAAACUCUCUGGGCUCGGAUAUGUGGAGCCUCCUGAUCAGACACUCUGUAGCUCAAAGAGGGGGAGUCUAGUAGUAGCCACCACCCAAGUGGUGCUUUUGGGACUAAAGAGCUUCUAGCCUUAUGAUGGGAUCCCCAGCAGCAGCUCAUUUGCUGCCUGAUUGUCGUCGACUCUAGUCCCACACUAAAACCAUCACUGCUAAACAAUUUCAGCCUCUUGUGUGUGCUGCUAUGUCUUAACGAACUGCUGCUGGGAUGGUAUAUAGAAAUGUUCCCAGUGCGAAGUACUGAAUGCAUCAUUAAUUUUUUUGUCUGUAGGUGGUGCUAUAAUAAUUACAGUGUAUAAUUCAUCAUGUACAGUCAUCCUCAACUAAUGCUAUGCAGGAGCCCAAUGUCAUUAGCAGUAAAUUGUUUGUUUCUUUGCCUGAAACUUCGAUGAAAAUAGCUAAUGUGUUUUAUUCCUCAACUCGGUGGUGCCAUUUAUCCAUCUCUUACUAAAUCCUACUUUCAGUUAGAUUUGGACUUGAUAUGAGUAUUUGUUAUAAAUAAUCAUUUAUUUAAGAGAAUAUUUGCGCUUUUAUUUUGAGAACUAUGUAACUGAGUUAAUCCAUAAGCUUGAGAAUAUAUAUAAGCACAAGAAGAAACACAUUGCUGAUUUUCUCCCAAUCACUACGUAAAGGAAGAAAGUCCUGUUGUUGGAGAAAAAAUAGUUUAGUCUUUAAUUCGCUGUUUUCUUGUAAAUUAUAUGAUGCGAAAAAUGCCUAUACUUGGCUUUAUUCAGCUGAGAAUAUUUUUCCUCUUUGGUGUUGAAGUUCUGCUGCAGUAAUUCUGAAUGGUUCACUGUUUUCUACUAUACAAUCAGAAAAUCAAAAGAUGUAAGAUUAGCACACAAUAUUCAAUCCUCAGCUCUAACAGCCAGAAAAGUUGAUCUGGGGUAAGCACCAAUACUAAGCAAUCUUUAAGUAUUGCCCAGCUUGUUAAGUUUCAACCAACAGUGAAAAUAAUUUAAACAACAGCCUAGUUCAUUAGUAAUAAUUUUACUCAUAACUUGGAUGAUAUGUCACAUCUGAUUCUUAGACGUGACCACAUAAUCGAAACUGACCUGUGCAGUACAAAGAGGUGUUGCUUUGUUGUAGGCAUUUCAAUUGUGUUAAACUGGGCUGCAUUUGUCUUUUGAAUUUGGUAUAGGAAAUAUCAUUAAACUAUUUGGCAAAAAAGUAGGUGUAUUGGCAAUAUUGAUUUAAGAUGUUUGGUCAGGGAUUUCUUUUGACUAAAUUCUCGUUAAAACAUUAAGUAAAAUAAGUGAUAAACAAUUUUCAGUACAAAAUGUAAACAAUAUGUUCAUGUCAGAAAACGUUUUAAUCAGCAAAGAAACUUAAAAAGAAACAUACAGUAUUGUCAGUACAUAAUUAAUGUAAAUUCCUUUGCAGAGUAGUUCGAAAAGGAUUUGAGAUAUAUCAAUAGCUACUUCCUUAGCAUAACUUCUCCAGUCCAUACUCUACUGUUUAUGUAUUUAAUUUGGCCAUCUAUGCGUGAUGCAGGAAGCUGAAAAUACUCAGUGCAUUAUCACACCAAACAAAUAAAGAGAUUAUAUGUGGCAUACCAAGACUGCUGUAUAACAAAAUUCACAUUUCUAGACUCCAUUGGGUUUAGACCUAAAUUUGAAAUUCAGUUAUCAACACAGCUUUUCAGAAUUAAAUCAGUUCACCAAAAUCAGCAGGCUCUUGUAAAUUAUUAAAUAAAUAAAAUGAUAAAUAAUAAACUUAACUAAGUUAGAAAACAAAUACAUUAGACAUUACAAUAGAGCAACCACAAUGGUGCCUUUCUUAAUCUGUUAGAAACUGCUCAUUUAAUCACAGUUGUUAAAUAAAAAUGUUGCAAGGCUCAGUCCGCCUGCCAAUCAGCAUCGAAAAGAGAUAAUACUAGGUUAAUUUUUCAGGGAUGAAGGAUCACAUCUAAUUUUUUUUUACCUUUUUAAACAGGUCCCUUCUCCAGUUUUGAUCAAGUUGUAGAAUUCCAGCAUUUUGUGUUUGUUUAUCUUUGGCAAAUUCCUAUUUAUUUCUACUGUAAGCAAUCAGUUGAACAUUUUAAAUAAAGAGGAUUACUGCUCCCUACUAUCUGUGCUGAUAUAAAUUCAUUCUAAAUCUGCCCAUUGAUCCAGUUUUUUUUUGUAAUUUGACCACGUGUUGUGUUACCUGGGUGCUCAAGGUCUGCUGUAAUCUCAGUUUAUAUCCCAGCAUUCCUUCAAAGUAAUGGCAUUUCUAUUCAGAAAAACAAUUAACUCAACCAUGUGGAGAUCAAAUUCUGCUAGUUAACUGGGCAAAUUUUUAUGGCAAAAUCUCCAGUGAGGUAGCUGAAUUUUGGUGCUGCAACUCUGCAAAGAAUCUGUUGCAAUGUAUAGAUAGAAGUAUUUACCUGUUGAAAACUGCUGCAGUUAUCUAAAAUAAACUUCUGACAAACCAGAUAAGGCUACACCUUCAUGUACAAAUCCUUCUGAAAGUUUAUAAGAUUGUUCUAUGUAUAUUUGUACAGUGUUUGAUAUUGCUAAAAUGGAGUUGGAACCCUGUUGGUUAACUCUUAGUUUAUACAAAGACGUCUACAUUGUUUUGCUGGAAAGUAAACCAGUCAUUGAUGGGUUUUUGAAUUCUUCAUGUUUAUACAUUUGUUGUUUAUAUACACCAGAGUUUUUUUUUCUGUUGAAAAAGUAAAUUAUUUAGUUGACAGCAUAUUUCAUUUUGAAGAUUUAACAAAUGUAUUGUGUUGGUAAUAUAAGCAAUGAGAAACUUAGGUGAAAGUCUGUAGAUUGGACUUUUCAGAUCUAUUUGUAAGGAGCACAUAGAGAGAAGGCCUUGCUGUUUUGUUUACAAUAAGUUGGAAUCUGGAAUGAGUCAAACAUCCAUUUAUACAGCUAUCUGAAGUCAACUCCCAUUAAACUUAUUUGGAUUCUUA